CCGAAGCCCCAGAGGUCUGUACGCAGCGGCUCGCGCACUUCCGCAGCCGGCCUCAGGCCCGCCAGUGCCCGGCCGCCGCGCGCCAUCUUCACCCAGCGCCAUGGCCGCGGCGGGCGGGCUGGGAGCGGCCGGGCGCUGCCCCCUCCUCGGCCUACUUUUGCUUCUGCUGAUUGCGGGCGCUACGCUGGGCCGGAACGAUCCUGACAGAAUACUGUUGCGGGAUGUAAAAGCUGUUACCCUCCACUACGACCGCUAUACCACCUCUCGCAGGCUGGAUCCCAUCCCACAGUUGCAAUGUGUUGGAGGCACAGCUGGUUGUGAUUCUUACACACCAAAAGUCGUACAGUGUCAGAACAAAGGAUGGGAUGGUUAUGAUGUACAGUGGGAAUGUAAGACCGAUUUAGAUGUUGCAUACAAAUUUGGAAAAACUGUGGUGAGCUGUGAAGGCUAUGAACACUCUGAAGACCAGUAUAUACUAAGAGGUUCCUGUGGCUUGGAGUAUAAUUUAGAUUAUACUAAACUUGGCCUGGAGAAAUUGAAAGAGUCUGGAAAACACUAUGGCUUUACCUCUUUCUCUGAUUAUUAUAACAAGUGGUACUCGGCAGAUUCCUGUAGCAUGGGUGGAUUGAUCACCAUCGUGGUGUUACUUGGUAUUGCCUUUGCAGUGUAUAAGCUGUUCCUUAGCGAUGGUCAGCAUUCUCCUCCUCCGUAUUCUGAGUAUCCUCCAUUUUCCCACCAUUAUCAGAGAUUCACCAACUCAGCAGGACCUCCUCCUCCAGGCUUUAAGUUUGGAGGACCUCCUUCUCCAGGCUUUAAGUUUGAAUUCAGAGAACCGCAGAAUACUGGCCGUGGUGCGACUUCUGGUUUUGGUAGUGCUUUCACAGGACAACAAGGAUAUGAAAAUUCAGGACCAGGAUUCUGGACUGGCCUGGGAACUGGAGGAAUAUUAGGAUACUUGUUUGGCAGCAAUAGAGCAGCAACGCCCUUCUCAGACUCGUGGCACUUCCCAUCUUCUUCUCCAUCCUACUCCAGCACCUGGAAUAGCCGCGCUUACUCACCACUUCGUGGUGGCUCAAGUGGCAAUUCGGCAUAUUCUACCUCGGAUACGAAAACCAGAACUGCAUCAGGAUAUGGUGGUACCAGAAGACGAUAAAGUAGAAACUUAAAGUCAAACACUGGAUGAAAAAUUUCUGAUUUUUCAUCACUUUCUCUUUAGAAAAAGUGCUACCUGCUAACAACUGGUGAAAGAGGAUAUGCAGAAGUCCUGUGGUGUUUUGUCCUGUGUAGCUUUUUGUAUGCCAUUAUUUGAGGCUAAGAGUUGCUAUAUGACAAAGUACUUACGUAUUGUAUGUUAGUGUAACAUGCAGAUGUAUGUUGCAGUUUUUGAAAGUGAUAAUUACUGUGGAAUGCUGAAAAUACAUUGUUUAAUUUCUAAAAACUGUGAUGCAUCAAGAGUGAAGGGGUUAUGGACUGAGUACAGAAAAUUUCAGUCUUAGGUGGAUUGUAGUUAAUGAGUUGUUACCUUAUAGAGACAAUAAUAUUUUAUUUGUUAUUGUAUUAUUUGAUGUUUGCUGAUCUUUAAACAUUUAAACCAAGCUUUGGAGUACUAAUCAAGCUAAUUUGUGGUUUCUGAUCACUUUUGAGCUCCAGAGCUUUGAAUCCUUCAGUGGUGGUAGCCUUCUGGUAAGUGAGAAUUACUUUUCUUAGGAAAAGGUAGAAAAUAAGUAUCUAGAAGGUUGUUGUGAAUAAUUGUGUACUGACAAAAAUACUUGAAAUAUCCGUAUUUCUUCAAUUACUAAGAGUUAAAGUUCAAAUGCUUCAACAAAGGUCUUUUAAUAGCAAAAGCAUGCAGUUCUCUGUGGAAUCUCAAAUAUUGUUGUAAUAGUCUGUUUCAAUCUUACAUUAAAAUGACAGAAUCUAUAAAAACAAA